AUGUUUACAUGUCGGUUGUUGCUCCGUCGCCAUGCAGCCAUUGGCCUCACAUGCCUUCGCUUCAGCCAGAGGACCGCAUCUUUUCAGCCCUUCUCACAGAAGGAUGAGGAGGACUUGGUGCGGGUGGUGCGUACAAAGCCACGGCAUGUGUUGAAGCAUGUCCGGCAGCAAGUCUGGCGUUCACGUAAGCGGGAACUGCACUUUCGCAACACCGUCACGCACCUGAUGAUUGUUCUUCAGGAAUUUCUUCGAAAGCAAUUGAUCGACCCUGCAAGUGCCUCGCUAAUAAUGGAGGGUAUCAUGGAGGAGUGUGUCAAGUACUCGCAGCACGACAUGGCCCACCUACUCUUUCGCGCCUUCCUUCGGUUUCGGAAGUAUGGCUGCGUUAUCUCCGUGGAUGCGCUGCGCUACCUUUUUGAGUCCUACAAGGAGAACGACAGCAGUGAGCUGAUGAUCCAGCUGGCAAAUGAGAUGCGGUCCGAUCCCGCCAUGCGGCCAUUGUGCAUCGCGGCGUACCUCUUCGCCAACCAUCCGGAGGAGGCCGAUGCGCUGCAUGAGGGACUUUCUUUCAGCGACCUCACACGGGAGGACAUCGUUGCGCUUAUUGACGGCUACGACAAACUGCGCAGGACGGAGAAGAUCAUGGAGGUGCUGCAAAACGUGACGCAGCUUAAAAUAGACCCCGCCGACCUUACUGACAUAUUCCGUGCUCUCUUCCGUGUUUUUUACCAACGCGACGAUGAGGCUUCUUUCGCUGCUGUCUUUCAGGCAUCCCGUGAAAAGUCUGUCGCGUUGGAUGAGGCAACUUUUGCCAUUAUUCUUAGGCAGCGUAUGCGACACGUGACUUCUGUGGAGGAGAUUGCGGCUGUGGAGGCUGAGCUUCAGGAGAUUGGCUAUGUUCCGGAUGUCACAGGGAAUUCCAUCAUCAUUGCCGCCUACGCCCGGCUUAUUCACUUUGGCGAUCGUGGCAGCGAGGAACUCAUGCUGUCCAAGGUGGACACUCUCCUGUCCUCCAUUGAGUCUCGUCUGAAGCAAGGAGAUCCCGACAUGGAUAUCAGUGCCGCACACAUCCGCGCUGUCAUUCGUGGCUAUGGGGCAGCGGGGCGGCCCGAUUCCCUGAAGACCGCAUGGACACGUAUGCAAUACAAGGGACUCACCAACGAUGUGCGUGUGUACAAUGAAUUGCUCAAGUGGUUUGCUCUUAUGGGAAACGUGAAGGAUGUGAUUGCAUUGAAGGAGGAGAUGGAUGCGGCGGGUGUGCAUCCGGAUUCUCAAACAUAUGCAUGGACGCUUCGUGCGUUAGGGAAAUAUUAUCCUCGUCAUGUUGAAAAGCUCUACGAGGAGAUGGUGGAGAAACACGUGCGGCCGGAUGUGCAGCUGUACAACACACUGAUAGGCAUCUUUGGCGAUUUGGGCGACUUGGAACGAGUGGAGACGAUUGUGGAGGAGAUGAAGCGACGGGAGGGGUUUGGGACUUUGCAACUGACACCCGUCACAUUUGCGGUGCUCAUUCGCAUCUACGCCAAUGACUUAGCAAAGGCGGAGGCCGCGUACGCGGAGGCGAAGAAGCGAGGCCUGACAGACCAUCCGCAUGUGCAGACAAGUAUGCUUCAUGUUUACGCCAAUCAUGCGGAGGGCUCUGAGAAGCUGGAGGAGCUUCUAAAAGAAAUCUCAUCGUGGUCCACGGACAUCUUUAAUGUGCUGCUAAACAAAUACGGCAAGAGCGGCCAACGUGAGAAGGUGACCGAGUUAAUUGACAAGAUGAAGGCAGAGGGAACGGCGAUGAAUGAUGUCACCUUCGGAACCCUCAUCACCGCGUUUGCCCGCUGGGGGGACGCCGAGAAGGUACGCGAUGUCAUUCAACUGCUGAAGGAGCAUGAGGGGGAAGUUUCCGCCGCGUUUUACUCCGUCCUGGCGUCAUCUCUCAGCAGGAUGGGCGAUGUGGACGGCGUGAGCAACG